AUGGCGGAGAAAAAGGAGGAUUUUCUACGAAUAUCUGGGGAUAGUGAUUUCCAGGGUCGCAGUAGUUCCAUAUUUGGAUGCCUAGACAAGCUUGAACCUGAACAAAAAGCUGAUGAUAGUGAAAUCGAGCGUAAACCACAUGGCACUCGUCUGCCGAGUCGGCCAAGACGUGUGCCAGAUCAUAUUUUGCACCCUGAGAAAUGGACCAAGUACAGUCUGGAGGAAGAUGGAAGUGAUAAGAUUCCUGGAAUGUCUGGUGAUGCACUAAAUAGACAUGCUGCUCUCUCUUUUAUGGAUGAGAUCCGCAAUAGGAAAGAAAAUGCUCCAAAAGAAAAUUCAGAGUCCGAUGUGGAGAUGACUGAAAAACAUGUGUUCUCGAAAUCAGCCAUUAAGCAUAAAAUGGAGGUCGAUGAAACACCUCCCCGCUCACAGAUUGUGGAGGGUGUGAACGUUAUGGCGGAAUAUGUAGUUGGACGAUCUCGGGCCAAAGUUCCCAAAACACAGCUGUCUUCAGCUGAAAACCCACUUCGGUCUCCCGAGGAUUCGGUCGAACUUGAUCACUUACAAGACCAGGAAGCUUCCUACGAUUCCACAGAGAAGACAGAAAAUGUAUCUGAUUCUGCAACAGUAGAAAAACAAGAAGGAUCAUUUUUGAAAAGAAAGGUCAAGGUUCGCAAGGGAUUGCGUGAACGGAAAUCAAAAGAAGAUGAUGAAUGA